UAUUGAAAUCGACGUUUUCUAAAACACUCCCGAAGCUGUGGAUCUUUGGAAAAGAGCAGAACUUUGUUAAUAUUAGCACCCAUGACUGAAACGAUGGCGUUAAGUGGAAAUUCUAGACCUAAAGACAGCUCUUUUCCAGAUGUUAUUGAAUUAAACGUGGGGGGACAAGUCUAUUACACUCGUCAUACUACGUUAAUCAAUAGCCCUGGCUCUCUUCUGGGAAAAAUAUUCUCUCCCAAAAAUAAUGCAUCAAAUGAUCUCGCCAGGGACCCUAAAGGUCGAUAUUUCAUCGACCGGGAUGGUUUUUUGUUCAGAUACGUGUUAGACUACCUCAGAGAUAAACAGGUUGUUCUUCCUGACCACUUUCCCGAGAAAGGAAGGCUGAGGAAAGAAGCGGAAUACUUUCAAUUGCCUGAUUUGGUUAAUCUCUUAACCCCUGACGACCUAAAACCCAGUUCCGAUGAAUAUAUCCACAGUGAUUACGAGGAUGGGUCUCAAGGAAGCGAUCAGCGGAUGUGUCCUCCGCCGUCACUCGUUCUCGCCGACAGAAAAAGCGGAUUCUUAACAGUCGGAUAUCGCGGGUCCUGUACAAUGGGUAGGGAAAAUCGAACCGAUGCCAAAUUCCGGAGGGUGCCUCGGAUUAUGAUAUGCGGCAGGAUUGCCCUGGCCAAAGAAGUUUUUGGCGAGACCCUAAAUGAAAGCAGGGACCCUGACAGGGCAGCUGAUAAGUACACAUCCCGCUUUUACCUAAAGUUCAAACACCUUGAGCGCUCUUUCGACAUGCUCUCGGAGUGUGGUUUUCAGAUGGUCGCCUGUAACUCGUCUGUGACUGCCUCGAUUAUCAACCAGCAUACAGACGACAAGAUAUGGUCAAGUUACACUGAGUACGUCUUUUACCGUGGUCCAUCUCGCUGGUCAUCUCCGCCUUGCGAGUGUUGCUGCAAGAGUCACAAAGGUGAAGCUGAGGGUGAAGGUGAGAGUGGAACCUCAUUCAACGAGCUCUCCACUUCAAGCUCCGAGAGUCAUUCUGAGGCCAGCUCUCCACAAGGUACCGUCAUCUGUGGCCCGGUGAGCCGGCAGACACAUGUGCAAACAUUAGAUAGGCCUCCCAAGAAAGGUCCUGUUCAACAUCUCCUGCAGCAGCAACAGUCCGAGCAUCGCCGUAAGAGCGACCUACUUCGAACACUCACAGCAAGUUCCCGGGACACUAGCACCUGCAAGAAACGGCCAGCAAAGGAAAAGUUGACUGUGGAAGAGGAGCUGGAGAAGUGCAUCCAGGACUUUCGCAAGAUCAAGAUUCCUGAGCACUUCCCAGAGCGCAAGUAUAUGUGGCAGGCUGACCUCCUACGCAAAUACCGUCUCUGAGGGAUGGCAGUAGCAUUUUUCAAAUGUAAAGUGCAAGUUACAAUAAUGUACGUGUUCACUACCACUACUAUUGCUAGUCUACUCACACUACUACUGCCUUUUGUCAGUGUUGGCCGAUAUACCAAGUGACCAUUUCGUCUUCUAGAAAACCAAUUGUUUACUUGUAAACACUUGCAUUUUUGAAGAGUUCACGAGUGGCACAUUACUACUUGUGUUGUUGGUUUUGCUCCCUUGCUGAGCUACACAAAUUUAUGUUCAAGUGUGUGUUUGUUACAACUGAAUUCUUGACCUCAGUAUGUUAGCGCUACAGUGACUGAUUUGAGGUGCUCCAGAGGUUGAAAGAUGAAUGUGAAUUCACCUCAUCAAUUAUGCAUGUGGUCCCAACUGUGCCCUUUCUAAGAAUAGUCACUGCCUGGAUGGAUAUUAGAGCUGGCUUCAAUUUCAACACUCAAACAAGCACAGACCAUAGAGCCAAGUGUGUUUUUGCUUUUUUGGAUUAUUUUUGUCCCAUUUUCAUACCUCAGUCAAGCUACCAUCAUUGGCUUGCAGACCCUUCCACAUACAGUUAAGAUAUAAAUGAGUUGUGGGUAGAAACUAAAUACCAUCACAAGGCAACCAAAUGGCGUAUAUAGAUUUAAACAUGAUAUUACAACUGGAAGUGAGACUGUGAUUGCUCUUGAGUUCAAAGGUGAACUAUACAAUGGGGGAAAAUAUUUUG